AUGAAGGAUGGCACAUUUGGGACCAGGAAGAUCCAAAGGACGAAGCAAAAUAAUAAAGUCGUUGUCAACAAUCCAUCAGAGGAUGAACAAUUUUGUGAGGUAACGGGUUUCCCUGAACUCAAUAGUUCAUUUACCCAUCCAGUACCCAAAAAUCGUUUGAUCUUAAAAAAAAUUCAACACCUUCCCCGUAAACUCUUUAGCCAUCUUCAUCCUCCUUUAUCACCUAAGCAUAAAUUGGCAAAAAAUGUAAGAAAAACUGUCGGACGUAGACAACAAUUGAAAAUUGCUCAUCGGAAAGAAGAAAGACGCUUACAACAAGAAUUAAUAGAGAAAGAAAACCAUGAUCCACAAAAAGCAACGCAACAUACCCAACAAAUGAAUAACGAUACACCUCAACACACUCCGUCAGUCAAAGAUGUCGACAAAAACAUUAUCAAUGAUCCAGGACCUUCAACAUCAACAUUAACCACUUCAUCAUCUACAUCCUCCAUAUCAACAUCGCCCACUACACCUCAAAUACUUUUUCCACAAAAAGAUGCUAAAUUUCUUUCACGCAACAAUAUUUUCAUCAAGUGCUCUCUGCCACCAACGAAUGACAGUGACAAUGAGAGCACUAAUAACCACAAACGCUCAAAAGCAAGGAUCAAUGAUGAAACUGACACUCCUACCUCUGGCUCUAAGAGGCAGUAUUUACAGACGGCGGGAUGGUCUCACGCAACGCAUGGGAUUAGGUUUCAACUUUUAGAAUGUUUAGUUUUAUUGCUUUAA